AUGUCAUCCCCGGCCGCCGUCAUCGGCUCGACGGGCCUCGUCGGCUCCCACAUCCUGUCGACCCUGCUGGCCAGCGCCGAGGCGUACCAGCCCGUCUACACCAUCACGCGCCGCGCGCCCAAGGCUGCUGCGGCGGCGGACCAGCAGCAGCAGCUGCAGACCAUUGUCGACGCCGACACAAGCAAGUGGGCAGCAGCGCUGUCGGGCCUCGCGCCCGUGCCCGCGGCCGUCUUCUCGGCGCUCGGGACCACGCGCGCCGCGGCGGGCAGCAUCCAGAACCAGUGGAAGAUUGACCACGACCUCAACGUGGAGCUGGCGCGGGCGGCCAAGGAGGCGGGCGUGGCCACCUUUGUCUUUGUGUCGAGCGGCGGCACGCGCGGCAUGCUCUCGGGCAUGGCGCCGUACAGCAAGAUGAAGAACGGCGUCGAGGACGUGGUGCGCGACCUCGGCUUCGACCACGCCGUCAUCCUCAAGCCCGGCGUCAUCCUCGGCCAGCGCGAGCAGAGCAGGUUCGCCGAGGGCCUCGCCCAAACCGUCGCCCGCGGCCUCGGCAGGCUCGGCGCCGGCGUCCAGGACAUGGUCGGCCAGGACGCGGACGUCAUUGCCCGCGCCGCCGUCAGGGCCGCCCAGCUCGCCGCUCAGGGCAAGGCCCCGGCCAAGUACUGGGUCGUCGAGGCCAGCGACAUUGUCAGGCUCGGCCGCACCGAGUGGCCUGCCGCCCCGGAGACGUCGGCGACGUGA